CCAAAGGCCACCUCCAUACAAUCAUCAGCACCCACAUAAAUCACCAACACAAGUCACCACCACCACAAUAACCAUACCACACCAACAAAACCAUCAAAAUGCUAGCCCGCCGCGGUGUAAUAGCCGACGAACUCACCGAAUCCAGGUCCCACGUCCAAGAAGCAGUACUCGGAAGCAGCCCCGACAACCGAACCACCCCACAAUCGCACUCCGAACCACAUCCCGAACCCCCCAAAACAUGUACCGAUCCAAACUGCCAUUUCUCGCCCUCUACCUCCGAAUCCGCAUCGGCAACCUCCUCUUCCACCGUUCGCCAAGCACAAGGAAAAGACCACCACAAACACCCCACAACACACCACAGCCACCAUCACCACCACGAAUGGGAUAACCUACCGGGAAUCACCUCGGAAGCGGAGGUUUUGCGGCAGAUAAAGAUGCAGCAGCAGCAGCAAAGGGAACAACAACACCACCACAAAUGGGAUAACCUACCGGGAAUUACUUCAGAGGCCGAGGUUCUGCGGCAAAUGCAGCAGCGGGAACAGCGGGAACAGCAACAGAAAAAUGGUGGUCAGGAGCAGAGCCAGGACCAGGAUUCAGAGGUUCAGGGAGGUAACAACAAUAAACCAAAACAAGUGGUAUCAACGCUUGAAGAAGAAGGGCAGGCUGGGAACAGUACCACCGGAGGCCUCUCCAGUGAAGUCAGAGGACAGGAGCAAGAUAAAGGGAAGCAGAGAGAGGGUGACAGUCCAAAUAGGGGACGGGCGGCGGGCAGUACAGGGAAAAGUCACGGGUUCAUAUGA